CUCACUCUGAUCCGCUGCAGUGAGCUCCCACUGACGAGCAGAAACCAACUGUCAUGAAAGAGAAAGGGCUAGCUGCUCAGGAUGACCCGGGCUCUCUGGGGGGGAAGCGGAUCAUCCCGUGCUUCAGGUGUGGGGAUUCAUGCAAGGGACAGGUGCUACGAGUCCAGAACAACCACUUCCACAUAAACUGCUUUACCUGCAAGGUGUGUGGCUGUGACCUGGCCCAGAGUGGCUUCUUCACGAAGAACAGUGACUACUACUGCCCGCUGGACUUCCAGAGGAUUCACGGCACGCUCUGCAACAACUGUGGGGAGUUUGUGGAGGGACAGGUGGUCACAGUAUUGGGGAAGACCUAUCACCCAGCCUGCUUUGUGUGCACCGGUUGCAAACAGCCAUUUCCUGCUGGGGACUGCGUCACCUUCAGUGGAAAGGACUGCCUCUGUCAGCGCUGUAUCCGACCCGUGUCUCCAGUUCUUAGUCCUAAAGACGUCAGCUCUUCAAAUAACUGCUCUGGCUGUGGCAGAUCCAUCAAGAACGGCCAGGCUCUGUUAGCGCUGGGGGGGCAGUGGCACCUCGGCUGCUUCAAAUGUAAAGCCUGCAGGAAGGUGCUGAGCGGAGAAUAUAUCAGCAAAGAUGGCGUUGCCUAUUGUGAGAGGGACUACCAGAUUCAGUUUGGGGUACAAUGUGACGCGUGUCAGAGGUUUAUCACAGGAAAGGUCCUAGAGGCAGGGGAGAAACAUUAUCACCCCAGCUGUGCAAGAUGCAGUCGAUGUGACAAAAUGUUCAGAGAAGGCGAAGAAAUGUUUCUGCAAGGAUCAACAGUUUGGCACCCACACUGCAGAAGCAACAGCAGAACAGAUGACAGUUACAUGGUCAGCAGACCAAAAACACCUUGUCUUGAUUUCUUUUUCCCCCAUCAAAAAAUGAAGCCCACUAGAUCCUCAUCAGAAAGCUCCAGUUCCCGGCCAGGCUCCUGCACCCCGGGGAGUCCUGGACGAACCAUCUGUGCAAAAGUAGAUAAUGAGAUCAUUGAUUACCGAGAUUUAGCAGCCAUUCCCAGAGUCAAGGCUAUAUAUGAAAUAGAGCAUCCUGAUAUGAUGUCUUAUGAGUCUGUGAACGACAACUCCUCUACUUUGGACAACAAAGGCAACAGACAGGACAGGCAAAGCUGUGCAGAGUCACCAGGAAGCGUAUCUGUAAACACAGAGGAGAGUUUUGAAAUCAGAAAGUCCAUGCCAACAUCUGCCAGCCAGGGAUCGUUCGGGGUUCAUUCACUGCACAAUCGUCACAGCUACACUCCAACUCUGUCCAGAUCACCGCAGCACUUCCACCGGCCAGCAGACGAAGGCUUUAAUAUGUACAGACGACCGCCAAUUUAUAAACAGCAAGAGCCAAAUUCCUCCACAUCGCAAACAGCCUCUUUGCCUGGAUAUGGUCGCAAUGGCCUCAAUCCGCCACGGUCAGCUGAUUACUCACAUUACAGCAGUGACAGAUUCAAAGACUUUAAGCUCAUCCAUGACGGUCAACAUCCAUUAGCACGAAUGGACAGAGGAGUGUCCAUGCCUAAUUUGUUGGAACUGAAAGUCUACCCGUAUGAGCUGCUCUCAGUUGGUAGUCGAGGCCGAGUGAAGCUUCCCAAGGAUGUUGACAGAACAAAACUUGAGCGUCACCUAUCCCCGGAUUCAUUCUUUGAGGUCUUUGGCAUGGGCCUUCAAGAAUUUAACGUGCUUCCACUGUGGAAACGAAACAACAUGAAGAAGCGGGCAAAUCUCUUCUGAAUGCUGCCUGAUGCAUGCUUUGACUCAUUGUUAAUAUGCAGUAUAUAUUGUGUUCUGAAGACCCCUUAAGUUUAUUUCUAAAAACUAGGCACAGUAUUGUGUUUCCCAGUUACUUUAUGUGGGUUAUUGUUUUGAAUAUUGUUCAUAUGUAUAAUACCUCAAAUCAAAAAUGAACGUGAGAACUCAACUUACUAUAAGGCCUUCGCUAAUAAAUAGCCAUUAUUUUAUAUUUUCAAAGUCAGCCCCAACUCAUUAGGGAAUAUGUUUAUAUUCGACGAUACAGCUGUUUACAAUCUCCAAUUAUCAUAAAUGCAACAGGAAUUGUGGCUUUUUUGUGGCAAACAUGGGAAGAAGAGACAGUUAAUUGUUUCAAACCAACACUUUUUUCCAUGCAGACAACCUAACCUAAUCUUAACCUCUAAGAUUUUCAUUGACUUAACUUUAAACAAUGUACAGUUGUUGAGUUCAACUCGAUAGCAAAUGGCUCAUAUUUCAUUUAGUGUUGAUUGUGCAUUACGCUGGUUUAUGAUCAGUGACAACAUUUUUAAAGUAUGGGUUUGGCAUUUUCACUUUUUUCUGAAUUUGUAUAGACCAAGCAAUACAUUUAGAAAAAAAGUGGCUAGGGUAUUUACAGGCUGUGAAGCUAGCUAAAGUGAACUUGUCCUAAUUAAAAGCCUUUGUAGAUCAUUAUUGUACCCUUUCUGAAAAACAUGUCAUGAUACCUGAUGUAUACUGAAGAAAAAUACUGUUUUAGUUCUUUUUAUUUAUUUAAUCACACUUGGUUGUCUCCUGAAUACACAAUUGCUUAGCUAUAGCUUAAAAUAAACCGUUUUGAGUGAGUAAACGCUCACUCAAAUGUGCCUAAUCGGACUUUGAACGAUUAGGGUAAUUUGACACUUUGUUUAAAAAAAAUGUCCCCUGACUUUUUACUGUAUGUGUUACCUCCCAUCACACCACCUCAAGCGCCCUAAAUAAAGUCUUGCACUUCUUACUUAAGUUGA